GGAAGGGCGAGGCGGGAGGAGCUGUUUAAUGUUUAAGUCAGAAAGCAAGCCUUCUCGUCCUCUGUCUGUACAAGAGAAUGCACUCGCUCGUCCUUCUGUUAGCCACGGUGCUGCCCGUGGCAAAUGUGGUGGCCCUGGAGUCUCCUCUAGACAAAACGCUGGACUCUCAGUGGGAGCUUUGGAAGAAAAUUCACCGGAAGGAUUAUAAUGCCAAGAUGGAAGAAGUUUCCCGGAGGGUCAUCUGGGAGAAAAACCUGAAAUACAUCAACACCCAUAAUUUGGAAUUCUCCCUGGGAAGACACACUUUUGAGUUGGCCAUGAACCACUUGGGAGACAUGACCAGCGAGGAGGUCGUUCAGAAGAUGAUGGGGCUUAAAGUCCCCCCGUCGCGUACCCCAAAUAAUGAGACCCUUUACAUUCCUGACUGGGAGAAGAGAGUUCCAGAUUCUGUCGAUUACCGGAAAAAGGGUUACGUAACCCCAGUCAAAAACCAGGGCCAAUGUGGAUCGUGCUGGGCGUUCAGCUCGGCGGGCGCUCUGGAGGGGCAGCUGAAGAAGAAGACAGGCAAAGUGCUCAACCUGAGCCCCCAAAACCUUGUCGACUGCGUCACCAGCAACAGCGGCUGUGGUGGGGGCUACAUGACCAACGCCUUUGAGUACGUGAAGGAGAACCGGGGAAUCGACUCGGACGACUCUUAUCCCUACAUUGGCCAGGAUGAAAAUUGCAUGUAUAACCCCACGGGCAAGGCCGCCAAGUGCCGCGGUUUCAGAGAGAUCCCGGAAGGCAACGAGCGGGCUCUGAAAAGGGCCGUGGCCCGGAUCGGUCCCGUUUCGGUGGGCAUCGAUGCCAGCUUGUCAUCCUUCCAGUUCUACAGCCGAGGGGUGUAUUACGACGAAAACUGCAACCCCGGUAACAUCAAUCAUGCCGUCCUGGCAGUGGGUUAUGGGACCCAAAAGGGUACCAAGCACUGGAUCGUGAAAAACAGUUGGGGGGAAGAGUGGGGUGACAAAGGCUACGUCCUCAUGGCCAGGAAUAUGGACAACGCUUGUGGAAUUGCAAAUUUAGCCAGUUUCCCAAAGAUGUGAACGUCGGUGGCCAAAUCCGAUGGCAGGUCCCGGUCCUUCGUUGGUCGAUGGCUGGAUUCCCGAGGCUACAUAAGGGACUGCUGAUACGUCAGCCUUGACUUCAUAAGCAGCGUUGAGAGCGUAUUAAAAAGAUUUAAUCUUCCAGUUUU